AUGCUAUACGCCUAUACGCUUUAUAUUAGUUUCGCCGGCCUUCGCAUCUGCGAGGUCAGCGUCGAUAUCAUCAAAUCACUGCCUCCGUUUUUCGCCGCCCUGAGUCCUAAAUCAGCGCAUGCGCUGGCCGAGAUUCGGGUCCAGAGGCAAGAUCUUUCUGCUCAGGUUGUGGACGUCAUCGACACGCUUGGGUUACAGAUCUUUCCCGAUCUCGAACUGGAGAUGUUGGGCACCAGUAGUUCUCAAGAUGAUGGCACCUACCAAUCCGAACUGAAGAGCACGCCGCCCAGUGGGCCCGAAACGCCAGUUCGCAACCGGAGUAUGAGCCGCCAUAGAAGGGGAAGCAGCUCCAUCGGGUUGGAUUCUUACCCUCACUACGGCUCGCUCAAAGCGCUCACCAUCGUUACAAAGGAUGAUCUCGGAGAGGCCAAUAGGCGCAUCACAGACUUCAUGUCCCAGAAGCGCCAAGACCCUGAGACUGCCCUGGGAGAAAAUUGUAGUCCGGAACGUGCGGGAAGCUCAGGGGUGGAAGCAAAGAAAAUCGUCUGA